UGUCGAUGUCCAUAAGCUAGCCCACUGCCUAUACUGAGCUGUAGUCCUCGCCUCGCAGCCUUCGCUUCCCUCGGUAAGUAACUUUUUAGCCGCCUGCGAAGGUUCCGCAGGCAAUAAAGUGGCCUUCCUCCCCCCUCACGCUGCAUGCGCCCAAGGCGCCGCUGCACUCUGUAAAAAGCGGCCGUCUCUCGAGUGCACAACCAGCGCUUCCGUCACCGAGACGCUCGUUGUUGUUGCCUCUUUUAAAGUGGCGAAGAGGAAGCGUAGUCUCAUCGUCUCUGUGGACGAGGGGAGGAGGUCCCCGCAGCUAACCUCGUCCCCCAGUAUUAAUACCAUGGCCAAAACUCACACGCUCUCUGCCCCAAACAGCAGCGCCGCCACCCGUGCCGUUCAGUCCAAGCACAGCGAGACCGACAACCCUUCAAGACCCAAGGGCGACGUCGGCAAGCUCGUCUACUGUUUCCUGCGCGAGUACCCGAAUCAGCACUCGUCCGCGCCUGAAGGCUUCCCUUUAGCUAGAGAGCCGCAGCCCGAGCCCCUCACUGAACCGUACGACCCCAGUCACCACUACAACGGGCUCGUUCGACGCUCUCAGCCGCUCCAGCUCCGCCAAAGACCCCGACACCGUCGCGUCAUGCCUCGCCAGAAAGACACAAAGCGUAUCGACCCCACGCGGGCGCGUCACCCUGGAGAACCUGCCACCGACACAGAGCCGCAUAAUGUCUUUAAAGUUAGCGGCAGUCCCAUAAUCAGUCCACGAUCUAUCCGCCAUUGCCUCGAGGAGCCAGGGUUUUACGCGGAUGGUAAGGCGCGGACGCACUCGAAUGGUGGCGUAGCGCUGCCCAACCCGCCUAUUUCCAAAGAAGACGCUCUCGUAGCGGCUGCUGCUGCUGCAGUUCAAGCCAAGGAGGCACAGAAGGCGCUUGAAGCGGAACAGGCCGCCAACGCGAGCUUAAAGGGACUCUCAGGCGUGCAACUGGUCGUGCAUCAGAUGCUGGCGACACACACACGUACAUUGGCUCUGCUUGGAGUCGAGAGAACCGAGUUCCCCAAUACCAGACUGUCGCUGAAACAGGUUGAGACGAUGCUGAGCCCCGUGGUGGCUCUGUGUAAUGCCCUGCGAGCAGAUCACUUUGGGAUUCAUGUGCCGACCCCGCAGAUCGCACGCACGAUGAACGACGUACACUACUGGAAGCUCUGGGAGUCGGACUCUAUUGAUAUCGGUAUCUUCUUCAUGCCCCCGAAUAGUACUAUCCCGCUACACAAUCAUCCAGGAAUGAGUGUCGUCACGAGAGUUUUGUAUGGUGCGGCUACUGUAACAUCGUACGAUAUCGUGUCGGAUUCUGAAGUUCAGAGACUCAAAGCGGGAGAUGAGAUUGUCUACGAGGAUGCCACGUUCAGCGCAGAUGCUGUUAAUCCGGAGAAAGGAUCGGUAUCGUGGGCGCGUAUUAGUCGUCAAGGUCAAUUUGGACAGGAAACUACUACGUGGUUGGACCCUCGUCGGUUUAAUCUGCACAACAUUCAGGCCAGCUCGGAUAUUGGUUGUGCCAUGUUGGAUAUCAUGGUGCCGCCUUAUGACAAUGCCAACCGGGAUUGCCAUCACUUUCAGAUUUUGGAGGAAAGAAUGGUGCGGAACGAGCGAAUUUUCAGGAUGCUGGAGUCGGUCAAGCCCGACAACCACAAUGAGCCCACCUCGAAUGGCACGGCGAAUUCGUCGCCACUAUCGUCGUGAGCUCGCAGCUGAGAGCAGUAAGCUCUCGGUGGAGUGAGUCAGCGAAGCGGCCGUAUCGCUGGCUCCCCAUUUUCCUGUGUCUUCUGUGUCAGCGUCAUGCCUGCCUGGUAGUGUUGGCUGGAUUUCUCGUGUCCGACCGUGCAUGUUCUGACAAGAAGUAAUGGAGAAGAAGAUUCAAGUAAAGAGGACGGCGCGAUAGAAGUCGAGCAGCAGCAGAUCAAAGCAAGCGGCGCGCGUCAGUCGAAUGAACGUCCAAGGCGUAUUGGUAUUAUUAUUAUUGGGUUUUGGUUUGGAGGCAAGCUCUCGUUUUCUGUUGUUGUUUCCUACACAACCUUUCCCCCUGCGUGAAGAGACUAAUAUUGAGCGAGAGAAGAUGAGAAAGAGAGCCAAACCGAACCAGUAAAACAUGUGAAAAAUGAAGCCUUGUGACAUUGAAGCCCCAAUAGAGUUGAAGCUAAGUCAUGUUGAAGUGAACGCUUGGAAAGAUACACUAACAUUUCGAAUUAUCUGAUUGAUGAGGUUCGAUUCACUGAUAAAUACACAGGUGAAAAUUGCAUGACUAGAGC